CGCAUUUUCAGGGGGUCGAUGGAACGUUGGUCCGACAUUAUUUAUCGUCCGUGUGGAAAACAACCUUAGUGUGGUUCCGGGUGUCUCGUUGGUCUGUGAACUCUUACCCUUCCGUGUCGUAAUGUAUGGAGUUACUACUCCUUACUGACAUGUGUUUUGCUGGCUGAUAACUAUAAACAACAGCCAUGCAGUCCCCUUAACUAGCGUUAGCAUCAUCGCAUGUUAGCUAAGCUGCUAACAGCUGUGUGCGAUCAUGUUGACGCGUUUAACGCCCGGAACUCGUUAUAUUAAAGCAUUUAUCAAAGCGUUUGGCCACGCAAACACACCAAGAUGUUCCUCAAACAGCUGUCAGUCUGUGUAUGUACGAAGGUUUAUUUCAGAGAACACAGAGAUAGUUGGAGAGCAGAGUUUGACCCCAGAGUUCAAACUCCGCCUGUUCACUCCGAGCUGCAGAUUCUGGACAGAAAAGCCCGAGCUGUGGCCGUUUGAUGACCCGUACUGGGCCAUAUACUGGCCAGGAGGACAAGCACUCUCAAGGUACCUCCUGGAUAACCCCGCGGUGUGUCGGGGUAAGACGGUCCUGGAUCUGGGGAGCGGCUGUGGAGCCUCAGCAAUCGCUGCAAAACUAUGUGGUGCUGCUCAUGUAGUUGCCAAUGACAUAGAUAUUGUUGCAGCCGUUGCGACCCACAUGAACUGCGAGCUGAACCUCCUAGAGCCGCCAGUUUGUCGAACUAACAACAUGAUUGACUCACCGCCCGAAGGCUUUGACCUGAUCCUCCUAGGUGACAUGUUCUACGACGAGGCCCUCGCCACCAGCCUUCACCGGUGGCUGGACCACUGCAUCAACAGCCACGGAACCAAAGUCCUGAUCGGAGAUCCCGGGAGAGCCUCGUUUGAGGAACACUGCAUCCGAGGGCUUCUGCGUCAGCUGGCUCAGUUUGAGCUGCCUGAGUCCGUCAGAGAGGAGAACUAUGGUCUGACCUGCAGCAGUGUUUGGUGCUAUUGUCCUGAACUCUGAGGACCUGAGAGGAUCCCCAGUGCUGUCUUGUUUGAAUGUGAAAAAUAUGUCAUAUGUACUGACCCGCAAGCACUGUGUGAGAUGUCAUGGGAUUUCUUUGAAUUGUGUGUGUGUGUGUGAUUAAAUGAUCAUCUCCUAUUACUUAUACUGGGACAGACCGUUUUCCGUAAGCUAACCAGUCUUCUGUUUUCAGUACCCACUACGGUAAUUUAUUUUUAAUUUCAGACUACUUUUGUUAUGGUGUAGAAAUCACAAUGUUUACAUUCAGAUUAUUUCGUGUUAGGAAUAGAUUAAGCCCGGAGGUGGAGAAUCUUAUAGCUGUUUUGUUUAAUGAUAAUUCCAAAAAGCAGAAGUUAUCCUUCGAGUAUCUGUUCUUUGCACAGAGAAGGUUAAAUUGCAAUAAAGAAUGCAAGCAGCCUGAGCGAGGAAGGGUCUGCAGGGAUCUUUUCUGGGGGGUCAACCAUGUAGACUCAACAGCCUCCCUGAUGACCUGGCGAUGAUGCAAACAUUUAUCGACCCUUUAUGUAAAUCAGCAUCGGAUUCAACCCUAACACUUAAAUCAACAGGUUACUUUUUGAACUGCAAAGUGUGAGUCUCUCAGGCAGCAGCGUAGCACCAAAUUCUGGGCCCUGUAUACUCUCAAUGUCAGUGGGCCCCCUACACAUGCCAUUGUACAAUGCGGGUUAGCAAAGGGUAGUCAAAUCCACUUUUCCCCCCACUACCACGCCCCUGCUCUCAGGAACCUUUCUCACUACUACUUGGGACCUAGCUUAUUUCCUGAGGACAUCCUGGGACCCACAGAUGUGUCUUGGAUUAGUAAGGGUCAGCGGUGUCGCAUUACCACAGCUGGGGCUUGUCCUGUUGCUCUGCCCUGGGGGUUUGCGCUGAAACACAAAAGUCCCUCUUCAAAGUGUAUAAAACUCCUCUUACCCUGCUCCUCUGAGGGAGAAGCAACACUCUUUCCCUUAUCAGCUGAAUCGUAGUCAUUUGACUUCUGUCUGAACUUACGGCUUGUGUUGAUGAUUUCUGUAUUUAUUUUUCUAUAUUCUAGUUAGUAAUAAAUACUUAAUUACAAAGCGAGUUCACAAUACUUUUGAUUUCUCACAAGGCUUCAAUCCACAAAUGUACACUACAGUUCCUACAUUAAAGGAUUUUAUACUUUUAUGCUAAUUUGAUCCCAACGUUGACUCCCAGGCCUGUGUAUUGUUCCUCUUUUUCUUCAUACUAAAUCUCUGUUACCUCCGUUUUCUUUGUAACAUACUGUAGUACAUACUGUCCCCUAUUGGUGUCCCUAGGAAGAGAUGGAUGUAAAUAGCUAGUGA